AUGUACCUGAAGGAGACGACCGGAGGGAGCUCACGCCGUAGUCAGGUUCGCUGCUCUAUUGGAGAUGGUCUGGAGGCCGCCGUAGACGUUGCUGCGGUGUUCGUUGUUCAAUGUCGCUGUUCGGUGCUCUUGGCGGCAGAUCUGCCACUCGCCGAUGGUCUGGAGGCUCGCUGUUUGUUGUGGACAGCUCGAGAUGAAUCAAAGAAGGAACAAAUGUCAAUUGUCUUGAGAUUUGUAAAUAGAGAUGGUUUUAUACAAGAACGUUUCUUUGGAGUUGUUCAUGUUAGCGACACUAUGGCAUCAACAUUGAAAGAAUCUAUCUUUUCUAUCUUAUCUCGACAUAAUCUUGAUGUUCAAAAUAUUCGGGGACAAGGUUAUGAUGGUGCAAGUAACAUGUGUGGAGAAUGGAAUGGAUUGAAACCUUUAAUCUUGGAUGAAUGUCCUUAUGCUUAUUAUCGCAAUGACAAGUUGAAAGUUGCACAUGCCUCAAAUAUUGCUCAUUUGCUUAGUAUUGAUGAGCUUGAAAGUGUGAGGGGUCUUAAUCAAAUUGGUUCUUUACAAAAGUCGGGUGAUACUCGUUGGAGUUCUCAUUUGAAAUCUAUUUCAAGUUUGAUGAGAAUGUAUAGUGCAACAUGUGAAGUUUUACUUAAUAUUGUUGAAGAUGGAACUACACAUGCUCACCGUGGAGAUGUCGAUGCAGCUUAUGAGAAUUUAAGAGAUAGUGGAUGGGAUGAAUUAGUUGCAAGUGUGAAGUCUUUUUGUGAAACUGUCAACAUAACUGUGCCAGACUUUGAUGCUCAAUAUAUUGCAAGAAGAGGUAGGGCUAGGCAUCAACAAGAUGAAUUAACAAUUGGACAUCAUUACAAAUUUGAUAUUUUCAAUUCCGUGAUUGAUUCUCAGUUGCAAGAGUUGAGCAAUAGAUUUGAUGAUAAAGCAAUGGAGUUAAUUAUUCUCAAUUCAUCAUUAGAUCCAAAAGAGAUGCGUAUAUCAUUUAAAGUUGAUGAUGUUUGCAAGUUGGUAGAGAAGUUUUAUCCUCAAGACUUUGAAGAUUAUGAUAUUUUACAAUUGAGAACACAACUUGAACAUUUUGAACAUGUGCAACAACUUCCUGAUUUCAGAAGACUAGAAAGUAUUUCUGAUCUAUGCCAAUGGUUGGUGAAAACUAGAAAAUCGAACAUAUAUCCUCUUGUGUUCAGAGUAGUAACUCUCAUUCUCACACUUCCAGUAUCUAUAUCUACUACAGAACGAUCUUUUUUUGCCAUGAAUAUAGUAAAGACUACACUUCGUAACAAGAUGGAAGAUGAAUUUCUUAAUUAUUGUUUGCUAGUAUACAUUGAAAAACAAAUUGCAAAACAAUUUAGUAUAGAUUCAAUUAUAGAUGAUUUUCGUGACAUGCAAGAGAGACGUUCUAAAUUUUAG